AACGUCAACUGUGUCAUUCAGAAUUUCCAUUUUCCGUGUUGUGUUCCGGUGAUUUAUUCGGAGCAAAUUUUACGAUUUUUUCGCCUAAUAGUACCAAAAAUCAUUUCAAACGGAUCGUAGAAAUACAACCCACAAUCAUGACAUCCAUGGAACGUCUGGUUCCCUCGGUCCCAUCGGUUGCCCGCCAGCCCAGCCUGGACGAUAUGAAUCUGGAUCAGUUCCUGAAGAUUUCAAACUAUGAGGACACCGUCAAGCAGCUUGACAUUUACUACGGGAUCGUCAAAAGACAACUGUUGCAGUUUCAGAGUCCAAUCACCGGACUGUUUCCAGUGUUGAGCACUGAUCGCGAAGUGGGUAGUAUUCGAGAUAGCGUUUAUUGCGCGGCAUCAAUUUGGAGUCUUUACCAAGCUUACAGGCGAAUCGAUGAUGAUCGCGGUAAAUCGUACGAGUUGGGUCAAUCGGCUGUUAAGUGCAUGCGUGGGGUACUCGAAUGUUGGAUUAAACAGGCCCAUCGAGUGGAAAAAUUCAAAUCACGUCAGUGCGCGGUCAAUGCCCUGCACUGCAAAUUUCAUUUGGAUACGGGUGAAGAAAUCUAUUCGGAUGAAAGGUACAAUCACCUGCAGAUUGACGUGGUAUCAAUCUACCUCAUAUUCCUCGUUCAAAUGAUAUCAUCUGGGCUGCAGAUCAUCUACACUCAGGAUGAGGUGGCUUUCGUACAAAAUCUCGUUUAUUACGUGGAACGAGCCUACCGGACACCGGACUACGGAAUGUGGGAACGAGGAUCCAAGUACAACGAUGGAACGCCGGAAAUUCAUGCUUCCUCAAUCGGGAUGGCCAAAUCGGCACUGGAAGCCAUCAACGGGUGUAAUCUGUUUGGGGAGAAGGGUGCCUCGUGGAGUGUUGUAUAUGUGGACAUCGAUGCGCACAAUCGCAAUCGAAGCAUCUUCGAAACCAUGUUACCUCGCGAAUCCAGCUCUAAGGGAGUGGAUGCGUCGCUGAUUCCGACUUUGUCGUUUCCAGCUUUCGCAUCACACGAGGAUCGUCUGGUCGAAAUGACCAAAGCUAACGUCAUAAUGCGCUUGAAGGGUAAGAAGGGCUUCAAGCGGUUCAGCCGGGACGGUUAUCUUUCGCGGUUGGAGGACAAAACGCGUCGUUACUAUCACAAGGGCGAGAUCAAGGAGUUUGAUGGAUUCGAGUGUGAGUGGCCGAUGUUCUACACGUACAUGAUUAUUGACGGGGUGUUCAAGAACAAUUUGGAGCAAAUUGAAGAGUAUCAGAUGGAGCUACGGAAAUGCAUGCACUCGGAUCAAAACGGGGAUCCAGUUGUUUCGAUGUGCUACGCACCGGAUGGCGACGGAAUGUAUACCCGGGCCUCGUCUCAGGCUCUGUUCCUGUGGGGUCAAUCGGUUUUCAUUAUCGCACAGCUGCUGACCGCUGGUCUGCUGCACAUCAACGAACUGGACCCGAUUCGUCGCUAUCUGCCGUCCUAUAACCGACCGCGCAAAGGAGGUCGCUAUUCUGCCUUUCAGGCUAAGCCGGGAAUUCGUACCAAAAUUGGAAGUGCCCUCGCGGUAAUGCACCGUCCGUUAGUGUUGUCGAAAGCGAUCGAUGGCGAAGCGACAACCAAUGACCAGCACCACCAACACCAGCAACACCACGUCGAUCACCACAGUCACAGUCGCAAGGAUUCGGAAGUCGAGCAGGAUCAGCAGUCCGUGGUGUCCGAUGUGUCGGAGAAGCGAGGCACAGCUACAGACUUGGUGGUUCAAAUCGUGCUGAUCACCGAAUCGAUGCGCCUGCAAGCUAUGAUGGCCACCUACGGAAUUCAAACACAAACUCCAAAUGAGGUUGAACCCGUCCAGAUUUGGUCCUCUACGCAGUUGAUCAACGUGUACCAGCAGUUGGGAGUAAACGAGAAACUAGGCUUAACCGGACGACCUUCGCGACCAGUUGGUUCGUUGGGAACGAGUAAGGUAUAUCGCAUAUGUGGCAUGACGGUGCUCUGCUAUCCACUGAUCUUCGAAGUGUCCGAUUUCUAUCUGUACCGUGACAUGGCUUUGCUGAUUGACGAUAUAAAAACGGAGCUGCAAUUUGUGGGCAAGUACUGGCGUUUAUCGGGUAGACCGACGGUUUGCCUGCUAAUUCGCGAGGAGCACAUGCGUGAUCCUCAGUUUAAAGAAAUGAUCGAUCUGCUAGCCAUGCUGAAAAAGGGUUACUGUGAUGGAAUGAAAGUUCGUAUCGGUCGCUUGCAAAAUUUGAUAUCAAGUUCCUGUAUUGAGCAUCUGGAUUUCAUGUCCCACAUGGACUUACCCGAUCCCAGUGAAUCGUCAUUCGCUCAGAUCCAUCACGAUUACAUUGGAUAUCAGAGCUUGACGGAUGUACCCAGGGCACAGUCCUACCGCGAAAAGAAAAUAAGUGCUGCUGAAUACCAAACAAAAUCAACAGCCGAUAUUGUCGAAGGGUUGAGAAACACAGAAUCGAUAUUUUUACAAAGUCAAUUACUCGGAAUUCUGCUACAUCGCGAGGGUGCCAAUUACGAAAUCGCUGGCGAUACGGUUCACGCUCGAUUAACUGAACUAUACUGUCGUGCCGGUACUCUUCGAUACUGGCGAGCUGUUCGCUACUGCAGCUCUCUACUGCGACACAUUGUCGAUUCAAUAUCGCCCUUCAUUACAACUGUGCUGGUGAACGGAAAACAAAUUACCGUAGGAGUGCUCGGUCAGCGGGAAACCGUUUUCGAUAAACCGAUGACACCGGAGGAAAUCCAGAACGUGAUGUACUCGACGGUUCAACCGUACAACGUGAUCUACGCUGUGUUGCAGCAGGAGGUAGUGCUGUACUGUGGUCGCCUGAUCGCAACCAACCCGGAUAUAUUCAAGGGUAUUCUAAAAAUUCGCGUCGGUUGGGUACUGGAAGCUAUGAGGCUGUAUCUGGUCAUGACUGGCAAUGAGGGCACUGACAUCGAAAAUCUUUCCCCCUUCCAUAUUCGAAAGCUAUUGCAAAGGGUUUUAACGGCAAGUGAAUAUACCAGCGAAGAUUCUGGUUUCAGCGCCCUACAACGUCGCCAGCUCGAAGGAUGUUUGUUCCGCGUGCCUCACUCGUUCUACAACCACGUGUGGGAUGUUCUGGAACGGACACCACUGGGCAUUACCGUGCAAGGUCACACUCUUCCAGCAACGACCACUCUGUCUAACAAAAGCCGAAGCGAAUUCUCGUUCGCCUUACAGGUUGAAGAAAUGCUGUAUAAAAUCGACGAACCUGAACGUCGCCAAAUUGUCGUGGAGUUACUAUGCAUCGUAGCUACAAUUCUGCGACGCAAUCCCGAGCUUCGGUUCAAUCAGAUUCUGGAUCUGGACUUCCUGCUGGAGGAUUCUUUUGCUAUGUACUGCAAGGAUCAUGGUUUACCGGCCACAAAGGAUAUUUCACCACUCUUUUCGUUAUCACAAAUUCAAACCACCGGCUAUCUGGCUCGGGCUGCGGUUAACAGUGUACUCAUGCGAUGCGCACUGGCUUCGGACAUUUUCGCCGAAGACGUUGAAGAUCACUGCCGGGUGCAGUGAAUUAGAAAGCUGGUGCCACUUCAAACUCAAAAUAUAGAUUACAUUUUACUUUCUAUUGACUGUAUUUUACCGGACGAUAGAGUCACAAAAGUUUAGUUCGAUCUGCUUCCAAAGAAAAUUUUAGCAGCAGUUUUAAAGCUGAUUUGGCCAUUUAUAUCGAUUUUGAUAAGCUUUUGAAGCCUUUAAAGUUAAACUUACCCUUGUAGAACAAUAUAACCAACUCAUAGAAUACUAUUAUUGUUGGAAUAUUCAUUAGAAUGCUAUUAUUAAAAUGCAUGAGCAUA